AUGUCAGAAAUGCCUAUCAUCAUGGUUGGUGUUGCUGCCAUACAUACUUAUCGUCAACGCAGGUUAAUUCCAAGGCGCAUUUGGGUGAUGAAUUGGCUGCGUAUGUGUGACCGCUACUCCCAUGUUGCUCUUCUCCAAGAAUUGCGUGAGAACAAUCCUGAGGACUUCAGAAGCUACCUCAGGAUGUCUGAUGAUGCCUACAGCACCCUGUUGGCUCUGGACGCAGUUUUGGAGGACCUCAAGUUCACCACGGGAAUUUCCCCACAGGCCAUGAGUUUGAUCAUACCAGAAACCUGUGCGGCAAUAAUCAAAGUUCGACAAGACGAGUAUAUGAAGUUCCCCACAGAGCCCUCUGAUUGGACCAACAUUGCCCAACAGUUCAAGGACAUGUGGAACUUUCCAAAUUGUGGUGGAGCCAUUGAUGGGAAACACGUGAGAAUCACCCCACCGGCGAACUCUGGCUCCAUGUUCUUCAACUAUAAAGGAUACUUCAGUAUUAUCCUACUGGCAGUUGUCAAUGCCAGUUAUGAAUCCAUCUAUGUCGAUGUCGGACGCAAUGGGAGACAUUCAGAUGGAGGGGUGAUGGAGCAUACCGAAUUCAACCAGCGGUUAAGGAAUGGUACGUUGAAUCUACCCUCCAAAGGAACGCUUUUGCCCUUGGCGAUCAUCUGCUGA